CAGCCGCCGCCACCAUUUCCAUCUCAGUCAGCUCCAAGCCAUCAACCAUGUCCGGCCGCGGCAAGGGAGGGAAGGGCCUCGGCAAGGGCGGUGCCAAGCGCCACCGGAAGGUUCUCCGCGACAACAUCCAGGGCAUCACCAAGCCGGCCAUCCGCCGUCUGGCGCGCAGGGGCGGCGUGAAGCGCAUCUCGGGGCUCAUCUACGAGGAGACCCGUGGCGUGCUCAAGAUCUUCCUUGAGAACGUCAUCCGCGACGCCGUCACCUACACGGAGCACGCCCGCCGCAAGACCGUCACCGCCAUGGACGUCGUCUACGCGCUCAAGCGACAGGGCCGCACCCUCUACGGAUUCGGCGGCUGACCUGCAUCUUCAGAGUCGACUCUGCCAGCUGCUGCAGCUGUCCCGGUGCUAUGGUUUCGUUUCCGAGUGCGUGUGUUGCUGUUCCAUGGGUCUGUGUAGUUAGUGGAAUUGCGAUGGAUCUGAAUGUAAUGGAGUUGCUGGUUCUUGCAAGAAACGAAUCUGAAUGAAAUCGAAAUUGUACCUC